AUGUGUCGAAGUUCUUUAUCAAGCUUCAAAAUGAGAACAAAACUUAAGCCUUCUUUCCCAGAAGGUUCUAAAACUGAAAGAAGAAAACUUAAAAGAAUUUUUAAAGAGCUUUCUAAACGCUGCAGCUUAUCAGAUGAUGGAAUCAAUCGUGAUCAAUUUUUGAAAUUCACUGAUCUUUCAGGUCUUCUAGGGGAGCAAUUAUUCAAUUCCUUGGAUGAAGAUGAAGAUGGCAAAUUAGAUGUAAAAGAGUUUCUGAAUGGAUUAAUUCUGCUCUACAAAGGCACUUUUGAGGAAAUUUCUGAGAUUCUCUUCAAAAUAUUUGACUUCAGUAAAAGUAGUCACAUAUCUUCCAAUGACAUUUUAUUUAUUUUAUCUUACCUGCCUAAAUUUUGUCCCAAAUGCAAAAAGAGGCUUGUGGUUGCAUGAGAUUUUAAAGAAAAAAUACAGGAACUUUUUGAGGAUAGAGAAUACAUUCAUUUAGAAGAAUUUAAAGAAUCAAUUGAAAUAAAAAAUGAAAUUGGAGAACUGAUAUUCCAGUGCAUUUUUAACUCAUUACCUGUGGUCAUUGAUGAGUGUUUUUUACAAAAAAAAUUAAUCUGUGAAAAUUUAGAAAAUUUUACUGAAGGGAAACUUAUAUACAACAGCCGGGAUUAUUAUUUUCUUUUAAAAAAUAAAAGUUUAUAUUUUGCGCCAAGCAAAGAUAAAUUAGUAAAUAAUCCUGUGGGUGUUAUUUAUGUGAAUGAUUUGUUUGUGGAGGGGUCUGAAGGAAAUCGCUUUAUUCUGAAAAAUUCGAAAUUUGAAUAUACAUUUGAAGCUGAGAAUUUGGAGCAAAAAGAAAAAUGAAUAGGGGCGAUUAAAAGUGAAACUGGAUUUAAAGAGUUUUAUAUAGAUUAUGAAACCACAGAAACUAUUGGGAAAGGUGCUUAUGGAGAAGUCAAGCUAGGGACAAAUAAGCACACAGGGAAUACUGUAGCUGUGAAAAUUAUAUCAAAAGAGCCGUUAGAUGCAAGAUCAGAAACAAGGCUCAGAAGAGAAAUUAAUAUUCUAAAAAUCAUUAAGCAUGAAAGCAUUUUGCGACUUGAGUCAGUCUAUGAGACUGCAAAUGAGUUAUUUAUAGUCACGGAUUAUAUUUCAGGUGGAUCUCUAUUUACGUGGCUUAAAGAUAGAGAAUUUUCCAUCGCUGAAAUUAUCGCACGAAAAAUCAUAAAGGACUUGGCGAAUGCUUUAUUAUUUUUACACACAAAUGGAAUAAUCCAUAGAGAUCUAAAACUAGAAAAUAUUCUAAUAGAAACCGACAAAAAUGGUGUUGUAAAGCCUAUUUUAAUUGAUUUUGGACUAAGCUGUAUGCUAGCACCACAUCAAUGUUCACAAGAAUCUGUAGGGACUUUAAAGUAUGCAGCUCCUGAAGUUUUAUCACGAAUCCCUUAUAGAGAAUCUGUUGAUUUGUGGGGGCUUGGAGUUAUUUCUUAUAUUCUUUUGAUUGGUAGGAUGCCAUUUUAUGGGAAAAAUGACCAAGAUAUUGCGACUAGGAUUCUUAAAAAACCUAUUGAUUUGGAGGGAGAAAAUUUUAGACACAUAAGUCAAGGAGCAAAAGAAAUAAUUAAAGGUUUGUUGACAAGAAGGCCAGCUAAUAGAAUGUCGCUAAAUGCAUUAUUAGAGCACGAGUGGGUUUUGCAAGAAGAUGAAGGGAGGACUGACAAAAUAACAGCUGAUUAA